CCAUUCUCAUGUCACAGCUCAGAAACAAAAUGGAGCAUGAUCAUGAAGCAGCUCUAUUCCAUUCAUACCCUGCCUGUGCAUACUACGUCCAGAGCCCAUCCACCAUCUCCCAUGCUAACAGCGCCCAUAUCCGAAACAGCACCAUCCCCGAAUCCGAAUUCCAAUUCAACUCCCCCGCCCGACCCGACCCAACAAACCCUACCCUUCAGGAGCAGGAAGUAGCCUCUCGAGCCUUUACUCUCUCGCACUACUCCUCCUCUCGAGGAUCCAGCCACUCCUUCUUGCAUCACCAGAAAAAGAUCUCUUACGAUGCAGGUAGCCACGAAAAUGGUGAGAACCGUUUGAUUAUUUUGGAUGCCGGCGGCGAUGAUAUUCAUAAUGGUGAUGGUCGUGAAGAUGAUGAUGAAUAUGAUCAUUACGGGAUGAAGAAAAGAUCAGGGUGGUGGAAGAGGUACUGUUCGUACCGGAAUUCGGACUCGUGUGUGUGGAUUUUCAUGCAAAUUAGUUGGAGGGCUAUCUUGAGCUUCUGGGUUGCAUUGCUUGUGUUUUAUAUCGCCACAAAGCCACCUCCACCCAAAGUAUCUAUUAAGAUGGCAGGAAUAGGGCAAUUUGGGUUAGGGGAAGGAGUUGAUGGUUCAGGUGUUUCAACUAAGUUCCUAACCUGCAAUUGUUCCAUAGACCUAAUAAUAGAGAACAAGUCUAAGCUCUUUGGACUUCGAAUUCGUCCUCCAAUGAUGGACGUCUCCUUCGGCCGCCUGUCUUUUGCAUCAUCACAUGGACCAAAGCUAUAUGCAGAACAUGGGUCAACAAAGUUCAAGUUAUAUGUGGGAACAAGAAACAGGCCUAUGUAUGGUGCUGGAAGAAGCAUGGAGGACAUGUUAGAGUCAGGCAAAGGUUUGCCUUUGGUGGUUCGAGUCAGAUUGCGCUCAAGUUUUCAAGUCGUUUGGAAUCUGAUAAAGCCUAAGUUCCAUCACCAAGCUCAGUGCUCAUUAGUCCUUGAUCGGGCUUACGACAAAAGACAUCGAACUCAGGCCUACAACAGCACCUGUAUAAUCACUUAAAGGAAGAAUUAGUCGUGGUAGAGAUCAUUGAAAUGGGACUAUAUAUCUAUCUAUAUGCACAAAAUGAAAUGAAAUGAUGGAAGCC